AUGCAGUUGCUUGUUAAAAUGGAUCGCCAACGAAUGCUAGAAAGUUUUGAUCAAUUGUGUCGCUUUUGUUUGUCAGAAAACAACUGUAUACAAAUUUUUUCUAAUGAAGGUAAUAUUAAUGAUCAGCUUAAUAAAUCGCUAGAUAUUUUGCUGGCGAAAAUAGACGAAAACGACGGAUUCCCAAACAAGAUUUGCAAGGCUUGUAUAGAUUGUAUCGAGAGCUUUGUAGACUUUGAGACAACUUGUGCAAGGUCCUACCAGCUAUUAAUUUCGGCAAUAGAACAACAAUCGGGAGAUGAACAAGUUGAAAAUUCUGUCGAGGAAACAAAUAUCGAAUGUUUUGAUGAUGUAGAACAGACAGCGUUAAUCGAAGAUCUGAUUCUCGAUAAUCAGAAUUUAAAGGAGAUGGUGAAUGGUGAGGUGAUGGAGAAGAUGGUCAAUGAUAACAAAAAGGAAAUCCACAAUACGGACCCGGACACAGCAUGUGAUCAAAAUCAAAUGCUAACUGCUGCUACAGAAAUACAGCCGUGCGGAUUUGUAAUACGUGGUAGCCGAAAAAUUCCUCUAAUAGAAUGCGUAUACUGUAGAAAUGUCUAUCGAGGAAAAAAUACCCUCAAGAAACAUCUCCGUAUUCAUUUAAAUAUAAAAGAUUAUCGUUGUGAACAGUGUCAGCGUACCUUCACUGACCGGAGUUCGUUGCGAAUACAUGAAGGGCGCCAUGCAGGUAAAUCCUUUGACUGUUCUUUCUGUGCAAAAUCGUAUUUCAGUAAAAAUGAACUGCGACAGCAUUUGACGAUGCAGCAUCUAGAAAGGCGCUAUACCUGUGAUGUAUGUGAACGAAAAUUUCCGUCCAGAACUAUUUUGAAUGACCACAAACGCGUACAUCUCCCAGACCGGCCGUUUGUUUGUAAACAAUGUGGAGCUGGAUUUAAAAGGAACCGCAAUCUGAUUAGGCACACACAGUCACAUCAAAAGUCUGAAUGUUUAUUAUAGAAUGUGAUAUAAAUAAAACAAAGAAUAUGCACUAUAUUUUCUUUGUAACAUUUUGUAUUACUAGUAGCAAUUAAAUUGUUAGAAUAUCU